ACAUAUAUAGAUCAGUGCAUUGACAUCAUUGACAUAGAAGGCGACGCAUUUCCACAUGACAGGCUUACAGGUUAUGUGUUUUGUUUACAACGUUUACGAGACAACCUUAUGGUUGGGAUUGUACAAAAAAAAAGACAGAGAGCCUCCGUUAGUUAUAAGUCUGAAUUUGUUGCCUCCGUUCAGUUAUCUUAAAUGAAUUCGGCACCUCCACCACGAGAGUAAGUGUUCCAGCGUUGACUGCAGUAUACUUCUAUUUCAAUUUUUACGGACUUCAGUCUUCCCACCCAGUGAUAUCGACCAAUCAAUUAAAAGAUGGAAUAGUUGUUUAUAAAUGGUGGUUCGCAAGCGAUAACAUUCGUAUAGCAUUUGACAGAGAACGUAUCCACCUCAUGUGCGCUUCUCUCCGAAAACGAGGAUUGAAGCAGAAAUUUUCGCCAACAUGGAAGCGAAAAAAUGGAUUAGUUUAAAAAAGACGUCUUUGGGCUAUACUCUAGAUACAUCAGUGGAUGAAAUGAUAUCCACAAGCCAUUCUUGUCGAAAUGUUAAGUAUCCACUGACUCAUGUCGCCUUUGAUUGCUCUGGGGAACGACUGGUGACUGCUGAUUCUAAAGGUCUCCUUAUACUCAUUGAACUAGGGCAAUCGAUGAGAUACUGCAGGCUUGGAAAAGUACAGUCUUGUACAAUUGUAGCUUUCAAUCCUGCCGAUAGUAUGGAAAUACUCGUUGGAGCAAACAAUGGCGAUAUUCAAAUUGUUAAAUUAAACGGGAAGGCAAAGGAUUAUUGUUCGCUUAUUGGUCACAAGUUUGCAGUGAGACACAUAUCUCAUUAUAAAUCUUAUACCUUGACAUCUUCUCUCAAAGAAGUCAUCAUAUGGGACCUUUCCAGCAGCUCUAAAAUACAUCAGCUCAGACUUGCAGCAGCUGCUAUUGGUGUACUGAAGGGUGGUUUUUCAUCUCAAGGAUUGGUAGCUGUGCUUUAUCGAGACAGCACUUUACAAGUGUGGAAACUAAAGAAACUCGAGGAGGAUAUCAAAAUUGAUGCAAAGGCAUUGGGGUUGCGAGAUGCCAAAGAUUAUGAGUUCACAAGGGAUGGAAGAACGAUAAUUUUGUCAGGGAUCUCCAAUAUUAUCCUAAUUCUAAAUACUUUGAACUGGAAUUCAGUCAAGCGUCUUGUUCUACCAGACAGCUUAGCCAAUAUCAAAGAACUCAGCGUUCUACCUCAGCCGCUGGAUGGAGGUGCAAAUAAAAUUGCAGCCAUAUUAUCGUCCAACCACAGACUAUACUUUCUUGAUCUGGACACAUCUUGUUUAGUACCACUGUCCUGUGGUACAUUUCUGACCAGGGUUCAACAAAUGAGAAUUUCUCCCUCUGGAGUACAUGUUGUUUAUAUAGACAUAUUGGGAUGUCUCAGACUGGAAUUAGCUGAUACUCUUUUGGUGUUGAAACCACAAUCCAAAGUCAAAGUCAAAAUGACAUGCCAACCUCGUGUGCAUGAUGUCAACGAUCACUUGAGCUGUGUCAGACAAGAUAUCAAACAAGAAUUGAAUUUAGAACGACUGAUGCUUAUUUUAAACAAAUUUGGCAAAUAUCCUGGCAAAUAUCGAACGCUCAUUUGGGCCACAAUCUUGGAGUUACCAAGGAAUCGACCCGCCUAUGCUGCACUCUCUAACAAAAUUGCUUGUCAUGAAUUAACGGGUAGGAUUCUGAACGACUAUCCCUUAGAAAAUAGAAGCAAGGCCACGUUUUUAGCUACGAUUUUCAACUGCCUUGUCCACUGGUGCCCUAUGCUUAGGCAGUGCACUUUUUUACCAAGGCUCAUAUUUCCAUUUCUGAUUGUGAUGCAGGGGAAUCACAUACUUGCUUUUGAAAUUAUCAUCUUCAUAUUAUUGAACUACUGUCAGCAGUGGUUCGAAUAUCAUCCUCUACCCCCAUUGAGUGUCUUGGCUAUGCUGGAAAACAUUUUAUCUGAACAUGAUCCUCAGCUACUUGAUUUUUUUUGCAAAAAGCGUGUGACAACUACCGAAUAUGUUUGGCCGCUCCUGGAAAGUAUGAUGAGUGAAGUAUUGUGCGGUGACGAAUGGUUAAUUCUGUGGGAUCAUCUGUUCACAUUUGCCCAUCCGCCUCUUCUACUUAUGUGCUCACUUGCCUACAGCAUUUGCUCUCGCCAGAUCAUUAUGUCUCGAUUACAAUCCAUUGAGGACUUCAGGUGCUUUUAUCAUGCGCAGGGACAUGUGCAGGUUGAAGAUUUAUUGAAAGUUGCAUAUCGGCUCGAUCAGAACACACCCCAUCAUCUUCAUCCUACAAAAUACUUUAGUAACGAGAAGUCUCCUUUACCGAGAACGGGACCCUAUCCUGUGUUUCUGCACGAUCAAUACCCAAAGUUUCUCACCGAAGAUUCUCGAAUCAAGUUACAAAAGCUAUACCAACAGGAAGACCAAGCAACAAUUCUGAGGCAGCAGGAACGUGCAAAGUUGAGAUCACUUGCAGAAAAAAAGUUUAACAUGGGAAAAGAAAAGUUUUUGAAGGAGAUAGAUGCCAAUCAAAUUCAUGAAUCACGUCGAUGCCACGAGGAAAAUAUUUCGAAAAAUAAACUAAAAACCGAAAACAAUUACAAGCGUGACGAGAGUUCGAAUUCUCCCUGUUACCACAAUGAGAAAGAGUUAGAUUUAGGCAUUGAUAAAGAAUUCAUGGAUCGACGUAAACAGCCCACGAACUGCCAAACAUUGCGAGAUAAAGUACAAAAAUUGGAAUCUGAUGUUCAAAUGCUAUUAGGUUCUAUGGAUUCUCGAUAACCUAGGCCAAACCAGGGUGACCGAUUUCCGGACUGUAAUGAUUUAGAAAAAUGUAAUGCACAUAAAACUAUACACAGAUAAAAAGUUAUUGAAGAUUGCGUGUAAGAGUUUCACAAUUAAGCCCAGCAAAAGAUCAAGAUGUAAUAUAAUCAACAAUUAUCUUCUGAAAAUAGAGAAUUAUAUUCCAGCGAAUAA